AAAAGGCUGCAGCUGCCGCUGGGACAGACUGACCGGCGUGUUUGUGGGGCGGCCGAGUAUUAUUUUGGCUGAGUGCACCGCAGUCUUGGUCACCUGCAGUCCCUGUUGUACCAUCCUCGCUUCCUACCUGCUUGAUUGUGGAAUUGCCCUGAGCAAGUGACCUGCAGGGGGCGGUAAGUGGCAACUGUCCCAAGGACGAAAAAAGGCACCCGCAAGCAUGUCUGCCUCGGUACCGUUCUACCGCAAGCACCAGCGCAGCUACGACAGGGGCUACCGCUACCAGUUGGCCGGCAGGUACUCGGCCGGGACCAGUGGCGGCACCAGAACCAGGGGCCUUGACUGGUUGUCGCAACCCGGACUGGACCCGCUGCCCAAGAGAACCAAGCCCUCCUACUUGGCUGUGGACCGUGAGAACCAAAUCAUCGGCUACGUGGUGCCCAUGUUCAGGACCAGUCAGGAGUUUGCGGAGGGAUAUUCGGAUCACACCAGACUGCGGGACACUGCCGCCUACAUGGAGCGCUGUGAUAGGUUCACCAGCGGCCUUGAGAUGGAGCGGUCGGAGCAGAUCGCCAGAAAGGAGGCCAUGCGCGAGUCGGCCCAACGGAUCUCCUUUAAUAAAACGCUCUACGAGCACGAUGAACACUUCAAGCGCAUGAACGAAGACAGCCUGUUGCACGUCCCGGAAUUCAUCAUCAAGCCUCGCUCACACACCGUGUGGGAGAAGCAGUGCGUGAGGCUGCACUGUACCGUCAGCGGCUGGCCCGACCCCCGAGUCGUCUGGUACAAAAAUAACGUGGCCAUCGACCCUCUCGCUAAAGCUAGCAAGUACAAAAUCGAGAGCAAAUACAGCGUGCACUCACUGGAGAUCAACAGCUGCGAUUUCGAGGACACGGCCCAGUAUCGCGUCUCGGCCAUGAACGUCAAGGGGGAGGUGUCCGCCUUCGCCUCGAUUGUCGUAAAAAGGUUCAAAGGGGAAGUGGACACGUUUCUGCCGGCUCCGAGACGGUCUGGUGUAAAAGAUGGUCCCGUGUCCGAGUACGGCAUCACCUUCCAGACCCACAUCGUCGACAACUUCGGGGUGUCCUUCGGCAGGGAGGGCGAAACCCUGAGCUUGGGGUGCACGGUCAUCAUCUACCCAGCCUUGCAUCGCUACCAGCCCGAGGUGCAGUGGUACAGAGACGGGGUUCUCCUGUCACCAUCCAAGUGGAAUCACAUGCACUGGAGCGGCGACAGAGCCACGUUGACCCUCACGCACCUGAACAAAGAGGACGAAGGACUCUACACUCUGCGCGUCACCACCAAGUCCGGAUACAAAACCUACUCGGCUUACGUUUUUGUGAGAGAUGCUGACGCCGAAGUGGAAGGGGCUCCGGGGGCUCCGCUGGAUGUGUGCUGCCUGGAUGCCAACAAGGACUACAUCAUCGUCUCCUGGAAGCAGCCGGCCGUCGACGGCGGCAACUCCAUCCUGGGUUAUUUUGUGGACAGGUGUGAGGUCGGGACAACACACUGGAUCCAGUGCAAUGACACUCCCAUCAAGUUUGCCCGAUUCCCAGUCACCGGAUUGGUUGAAGGCCGCUCCUAUAUCUUCCGUGUGCGUGCCGUCAACAAGAGCGGCAUCAGCCGUCCGUCGCGGGUGUCUGAACCCGUGGCCGCCAUGGACCCGGCUGAUCGCGCCCGCAUGAGAGGUACCUCGGCUCCUUGGACCGGCCAGAUCAUUGUCACAGAGGAGGAACCGGCAGAGGGUAUUGUUCCUGGCAGACCUCGAGAACUGCAAGUGACAGAAGCAACCAAGAACUACUUAGUACUCAGCUGGAAGCCACCUGGCGAGAAAGGCCUGGAAGGUGUCAUGUACUAUGUAGAGAAGUGUGUCUCGGGCACAGACAGCUGGCAGAGGGUGAACACCGAAAUCCCGGUUAGGUCGCCUCGCUUCGCGCUGUUUGACCUGGCCGAGGGCAAGUCCUACUGCUUCCGUGUCCGCUGCUGCAACGCCGCCGGCGUCGGCGAGCCGUCUGACCCAACUGAGGCCACCACGGUUGGCGACAAGCUCGACACUCCGUCUGCUCCGAGCAAAGUUGUACCCACAAGGAACACGGACACAUCCGUGGUGGUAUCCUGGGAAGCAUCCCAUGAUGCCAAGGAGUUGGUGGGUUACUACAUCGAAGCGAGCAUUGUGGGCAGCAACACCUGGGAGCCAUGCAACAACAAACCCGUCAACGUGACCAGGUUUAUCUGCCACGGUCUGACGACGGGAGAGAAGUACGUGUUCAGGGUGAGGGCUGUGAACGCCGCAGGACUUAGUCAGUUCUCUCCGGAAUCUGAGCCUGUGGAGGUGAAGGCUGCGAUUGGGGGCGGCAUCCCUCAUGGUGUGUUGCCGGAGACGGGGCCGGGGGGUAACCAAGGCCGACUAACCCCGCACAGGCCACACUGGACGGGCCCGCAUGAUACUGUCCAGCUCCCCGCUGACACAAAAACCAAAGCUCAGGCAAACCCCGAGCUCCCCGAGCGGGAGUCCGGGGCAGCGGCGGUGGCGGCUAACUCCGGCCCCUUGGACAACAAAACCCAAGGGUCAGAGAGGGGCGGCCUGGGGCCGAGUGAGGUUAACGGGGUGCCCUCUGAGCCACCGCCGGGCUCGCUGUGUGAAGCACGUACUGACGUAGCAGCGCACUUAGGCUCACCUCGCGCCGAGGGGCCGGCUGAAAAGACAGCCGAGGGGCCCCCUGGGGCCGAGCGGGCAUGCGGUUUGUCAGUAGAUGCUUCUGCUAACCGGGAGGCGGCGAGGCCAGACGCAGGGGCUGAAGCAUCGCCUGCACCACCUUACGGCAUCAGCGUGCUGGAGUGCGUACGCGACUCCAUGGUGCUGGCGUGGAAGCAGCCGGCCUUCAUCGGCGGGGCCGACAUCACCGGAUAUUUCGUGGAUUACCGCGAGGUCGUGGACGGCGUGGAGGGAAAGUGGCAUGAGGCCAAUAUCAAAGCGAUCAGCGAACGUGCCUACAGGGUGACUGACCUGAAGGAGAACAGGAAGUACCAAUUCCAGGUUCGGGCGGCCAACAUCGCUGGUGUCGGGAUCCCGUCGCUUCCCAGCGACACGUUCCUGUGUGAGGAAUGGACCAUUGCCGUUCCAGGGCCUCCUCACGAUCUCGAGCUGCGAGAGGUGCGAGGCGACUCCAUGGUGUUGCUGUGGAAAGCUCCGGUGUACCAGGGGCGCGAUCCUGUCAACGGCUUCUACGUGGACAUGAAGGAGGCGGAAGCUCCGGAGGAAGCAUGGAGAGGAGUCAACACCAAGGCCACGGGGAACACCUUUAUCAAGGUGAAGAAUCUGAAGGAGCAGGAGUCGUACGUAUUCCGCGUUCGCGCUCAGAAUCAGGCCGGCGUGGGGAAGAGCUCCGACAUCUCCGAACCGGUCCAAGCCGUGACCAAGCCAGGCACCAAGGAGAUCUCGGUGGACGUGGACGACGACGGCGUCAUCUCUCUCAACUUUGAAUGCGCCAACAUGACCCCCGACUCCAAAUUUGUGUGGUCCAAGAAUUACGAGGACGUGGAUGAGUCGGCUUCACGCUUGACCGUGGAGACCAAAGGGAACAAGUCCAAAGCCACCUUCAACUCACCCGGAGAGGAAGACACGGGUAUUUAUUCGUGUCUGGUCACCCACACAGAUGGAGAUUCAUCCAGCUACACCAUCUCACCCGAAGAGAUGAAGAGGCUGCUGGAGAUCAGCCGUGAUCACAAGUUCCCCACGAUUCCCCUCAAGUCGGGUUUAGCUGUGGAGAUGCUGGAGAAGGGCAAAGUUCGCUUCUGGCUGCAAGCCGAGCAGAUUUCGCCCAACGCCAAAGUGGACUACGUGUUCAACGACAACGUUGUGACCCAGGGCGAGAAAUACAAGAUGAAUAUUGACAAGAACACGGGCGUGGUUGAGAUGACCAUGGAAUCGCUGAUGCCCGAGGAUGAAGGCACCUUCACCUUCCAGAUGAAGGACGGAAAAGCCACCAAUCAGUCCAGCCUGGUACUCAUAGGAGACGUGUUCAAGGAUCUGCAGAAGGAAUCCGAGUUCCAGAGGAAAGAAUGGUUCAGGAAGCAAGGUCCUCACUUUAUUGAGUAUUUGGGCUACGAGGUCACUCCGGAAUGCUGUGUGGUACUCAAGUGCAAGGUGGGAAACAUCAAGAAAGAGACGUCGGCGCUGUGGUACAAGGACGGACGGGAGAUCAAGGCGGAUGAAAAACUGGGCUUCACCGAGGGAGUCCUCAAACUGGAAAUAGCUCAGCCCGACCCACCCGCCGAAUCUGCAGACGACCAUAUCGGGAGAAUGCUUAAAAUUUCCAAGAAGGACGCCGGCGUGUAUGAGACAGUCCUGAAGGAUGACCGAGGAAAAGACACGUCCAAGUUAAACCUGACCGACCAACGUUUCAAAGACCUGAUGAACGAAGUCUUCAACUACAUCGCUAACUCGUCCACGCCGCUGAAGAUCACCAGCACGGAUCAAGGCAUACGCCUCUACACUUUUGUCAGCUACUACAAUGACCUGCUGCCGGUCACGUGGCAUUACAAAGACUCACCCAUCGCCUUCUCAGAGCGCCUGAAGAGUGGCGUGGUGGGCGACCAGUUGUGGCUUCAGAUCAGCGAGCCCACCGAGAAGGACAUGGGCAAGUACGCCAUCGAGUUCAACAUCAACGACGGCAAAGGCGGCCUGAGGAGAACCGUGGAGCUGUCGGGUCAAGCGUAUGAGGACGCUUUGGCCGAAUUCAAGAGACUCAAAGCGGAUGCUAUUGCAGAAAAAAAUCGCGCCCGAGUGGCAGGAGGCCUUCCGGACGUGGUCACCAUCCAGGAGGGCAAGGCACUCAAUCUUACCUGCAACAUCUCGGGCGAGCCGCUGCCGCAGGUGACGUGGCUGAAGAACGACAAGGAGCUGACCUCGAACGAGCACUGCAUCCUGCGCUUCGAGUCGGGCAAGUUCGCCAGCUUCACCAUCACGGCGGUCAGCACGGUUGACACGGGCAAGUACAGCAUCCUGGUCAAGAACAAGUACGGCACCGAGAGAGCUGAAUUCACCCUGGAAGUGACUGAGGGAACGCCCGACCUGGGCGUGACCUCGUACUUGACCGACGCUGAGGGUAACGUGGUGUUUGGUGCCAACACUCUCGAGGAAAAGAUGAAGACGGCCAUCACGGGGAUGACGAAAGAAUCCGCAGCGGCAGCAGAGAAGAUGGACAACUUGACAAAGAAGCCAGAAGAAGAAGAAGAAGAAGAAGUCACUGUUCAAGAGAUGUUGAUGAACAAAGAAAUUUAGCCUGAAAUUCAGGACAAAAUAGCACAAAAGUGUUUUGAGUAAGAAGUGUGGCCACGGUGCAAAUUAUACUCAUAUCACAAGGCACCGCUAAAUAAAGUGCUUCAUCUGAAGAUAUCUCCUAUUAUGUAUCAAAUAUACAAUUUCACUUUCGUAUAUGGUUUGGAUGGAUUGUUUGCGUUCACCAUGUCUCACCACUCUAAUAAAAUAAAA